AUGCCUACCAUCUCCGUCGAUAAAGAGGACCUCUUCAAGCUCCUCGGUCAGACCUAUACCACCGAAGAAUUCGAUGAGUUAUGUUUCGAAUUCGGUAUCGAAUUAGACGAAGACACCACCGAAGAAUGUGAAAAUGGCGAGAGACCUCAGCUCAAGAUCGAAAUUCCAGCCAACAGAUACGACAUGUUAUGUAUUGAAGGUAUUGCACAAGCAUUGAACGAAUUCUUGGGAAGAUCUGAGCCACCAAAGUUCACUUUGGAACCAGCUACCCCUCAAAUCACCUUGACCAUCAAGGAGUCUACCAAAGCCAUCCGUCAGUAUGCUGCCUCUGCCGUGUUGCGUAACAUCGAGUUUGAUGAAAGAAAAUACAACUCCUUCAUCGAAUUACAAGACAAAUUGCACACCAACUUGUGUCGUAACAGAACCUUGGUCGCCAUCGGUACCCAUGAUCUCGAUACCUUGACCCCUCCAUUCACCUACGAAGCAUUACCACCAUCCGAAAUCAAGUUCGUGCCUUUGAACCAAACCAAGGAAAUGGACGGUCACCAAUUGAUGGAAUUCUACGAAAAGGACAAGCAUUUGGGCAAGUACUUGCACAUCAUCCGUGACUCUCCAGUUUUCCCAGUGAUUUUGGAUUCUAACAGAACCGUUGGCUCCUUACCACCUAUCAUCAACUCCAACCACUCUAAGAUCACUUUGAACACCAAGAAUGUCUUCAUUGAUAUCACCGGUACCGACAAGACCAAGACUGAAAUUGUCUUGAACCAGAUCGUGGCCAUGUUCUCUAGAUACAGUAAGGUUCCAUUCCAAAUCGAACCUGUUCAAAUCAUUUCUGAAUUCAACAACGAAUCUCGUGUGUGUCCAAACAUCACUCCAAGAAAGGCGGAAGCUGAAAUCUCCUACAUCAACUCUUGUGUUGGUUUAGAUUACUCUGGUGAGCAAAUCGCCGAAUUAUUAAAGAAGAUGUCGUUGAGUGCUGCUCCAUCUAAAACCAAGGAAGAUAUAAUUGAUGUCGAAAUCCCAAUAACCAGAUCUGACAUUUUGCAUCAAUGUGAUAUAAUGGAAGAUGCUGCCAUCGCCUUUGGUUACAACAACUUGGUCAAGACCAAGCCAAAGAGUGACUCUGUGGUUGCUGCUCCAUUGCCAAUCAAUAAGGUUGCUGAUAUCUUAAGAUUGGCUUCUUCCCAAUCUGGCUACUCUGAAGUUUUGCCAUUGACCUUGUGCUCCCACGAUGAAAAUUUCAAAUACUUGAGAACUGUGGAUGACAACACCAAGGCCGUUAAAUUGGAGAACCCUAAGACCGUGGAAUACCAAGUAGUGAGAACCACCUUGGUUCCAGGUCUUUUGAAGACCGUUAAAGAAAACAGAAAGCACUCUUUGCCAAUCAGAGUUUUCGAGGCUGGAGAUAUCGUCUUGAAGAACCCUGAAUUGGAAAGAAAGGCUUACAACCAACGUAACUGGUCUGCUGUCUACGUCGGUAAGACCUCUGGUUUCGAGUAUGUUCAAGGUUUAUUGGGCAAGAUUAUGCAAACCAUGAGAACCCCAUGGUUGGAAAACCCAAAGACUGAUGACCGUAGAGGUUACUGGAUCGAGGAGGACAAGGAAAACCCAACCUUCUUCCCAGGAAGAGGAGCUAAGAUUUUCUUCAGAGCCGUCCAGGGUGAAGAGGCCAAGGAAAUCGGUUCCAUUGGUGUUUUGCACCCAGAAGUCAUGCAAAACUUCGAAAUCCCAUAUGCUGGUUCUUCUGUUGAAAUCAACGCCGAAGUUUUCUUGUAA